AUGGGGGCUUUUGGGUCCUCCGAGUGGCCGGCAGAGACGGGCACCAGGUGCAGAGCCCAGCGGAUCACACUCCACGCAGACGGCACCUGCCAGGCUGUGCCCAGGAGGACGGAGGGUGCCCCGGAGGCCAUGAAGCAGAAGGUGCUGCUGAGAAUGGACAGGGCCCCUGACGGUGUCUCCACACAAACAGAACCACGACCAGGAAAGAGCAACGUUCCAGGAGAUCCUGGAGAGGAAUUGGGGGAAGGAAGAUGCGGCCGGAGGCUUCGGAGGUUGGCCUCCCAAAACAGGCUUCUCCAGAGUCCUCCCUUCUCCUACCAACUAUGCCCGGAAGUUAUCGACCAGAGGCUAACAGAGGAGGACGGCCCGGCCCGUACGACGAUCCAGCAGGAGGGAGCGCCGUCCAGCAUCCACAGCCAGCUGAGGCUGCAGAGGCGGCCCCCUCCUGCUCCCAAACCCUGGGGCGUUAUCACAGAGGCUGUUUCCUUCAGCUCUCGCCCUGCUGCCAGCCCAGCCACUCUGCGAGGCUCAGCGGACCCCGAACCGAGCCCCAGCCUGGCCUUUGCCACCUCCCGCCUGUGUGACCUGGAGCGCACCUUACCUGACCUCACCUAUGCUGAGAGCUUUUUUGAGGACAUCACUGAGUAUCUCUGGGACAUAAUGAGCAGAGAGGAACUGCUACUCCCGCUGACUAAAGUCCUGAAGAGAAUUGAGACUAAGGCUGCUUUGUCCAGGGAAGACUCAGAUGCACUGCAUCAAUAUUGGAGUGAGCUGAAAACAGACUUGGCCGUGGAGCAGCAAGUCAUGCUCCAAAAAGACCAGCUGGACAGGAAGAGGAAGCCCAGGAAGAGUUUUUUGAACAAGUUUCCUUGGGUAAAAUGGAAGCUAGAGGAGCUCAUGGGAAAGCUCCACGCACUCGCAGACAAGGUCGACAAGGUCCCCAGGGACUGCACCAUCUCCAACACUGUGGCCGAUUCCACUGGCGCCGUGUCUGGUGUCCUGACCAUCCUUGGCCUGGCUUUGGCACCCAUGCCAGCGGGGGCGAGUCUGGCACUCUCGGCCACUGGGUUAGGGCUGGGAGCUGCGGCUGCUGUGACCAGUGUGUCUACCAGCAUCGUGGAACUUGUCAGCACGUUGUCAGCAAAAACCAAAGUCAGUCCCCGGAUGUCACCGGCACUCUUGGAGGUACUUAACGUCAGCCCCCAAACUGUUAGCACAACCAAGAAAUUCACAGAAGCUGUGCAGCGCGUUGAAAUGAAUAUCCGUGCCAUGGAGCCGGUCAAAAGCAGCCCUGGCUUAGCAGCCGAUGCAGACGUCUUCAUCAGCAGUGGAAUAACCUCAGUCCAAAGCAGCCGGCAGGAAGAGGUUACUUUCAAAGGCACGGCUCUGGCAGUGACCAAAGGAGCCGGGAUUGUGGGCGCGGGCACUGCAGGUGUCUUCCUUCUGAUGGACGUGGCCUUCCUGGUGAAAGAGGCAAAGCACUUGCAUGAGGGGGCAAAGACGGAGUCGGCUGAAAGGCUGAGGCAGCAGGCCCGGGAGCUGGAGAAGAAGUUGGAGGUGCUCGCCUGCAUCUAG